AUGUGGACCUUAGGCUCUGUUUUGACGUCGGUACUGUUCGCCCGCGCGUCUCUUGCCGGCCGCAGUUGCUGGCGAGAUACCGACUGCACCGGUCCAACCAAGGCGGCGUUUUCAGGCGUCUGGGACUCUUAUAUCUAUGCGCCGAGGUCUCGCACCGUGAGUCCCAGCGCAGUUGUGUCCUUUGCUAACGGUGAGAGCUUGAAGUAUUCCGACAAUAUCGAGUUGUCCGGCAAUGGCUCACUGGCGGUCCUGGACUUUGGCAUCGAAGUUGGCGGGAUCGUUCAUCUGAGCUGGAAAUCAAGCACCGCCGGGCAGCUGGGGCUGGCCUUCACUGAAGGUAAGAACUGGAUCGGAAAGGCGUCGGACAAUUCGCAUAGCGGAUCGCCCGAUGGUGCAAUCUAUGCCAACCUCACUCACGGCUCCGGAACUUAUGUGAUGCCGGAUGAGGUGAUGCGAGGAGGCUUCCGGUACCUAACUCUAUUCCUCGUCGGUGACGGGACGGUGACUGUAUCCAACAUUGACCUUGAACUCUCUUUUCAACCUACGUGGUCCAACUUGCGGGCGUAUCAGGGCUAUUUCUACUCCAGUGACGACGAGCUGAACAAGAUUUGGUACAGUGGGGCAUACACCCUGCAAACAAACGCGGUGCCAGCGAACACUGGACAGUGGAAUCCAUCGUACCCAAACUAUCCAUGGGCCCUAAACGGUGUGCUCGGCAACGGAAGCACUAUCCUGGUUGACGGUGCCAAGCGUGACCGUGCCGUCUGGCCCGGCGAUAUGGGAGUCGCUGUUCCCUCGAACUUUGUCAGCAUUGGUGAUAUGUUGAGCACGAAGAAUUCGUUGCAGACAAUGUACGACCAUCAGAAUAGCGACGGCUCUUUCCCAGAAUCGGGUCCACCAUAUCUGCAGCAAAACAGUGACACUUACCACAUGUGGACAAUGAUUGGAACGUAUAAUUACAUUCUAUAUACAUAUGACCUUACUUGGCUCCGCACCGUCUGGCCCAAAUAUAAGGCCGCAUUCGACUACAUCUACGCCAAGGUUGACUCGAGCGGCCUUUUGUACUCCACUGGCACAAAAGACUGGGGUCGCCUUAUCACGGGUGGGAACCUUACCGAGGCGAAUAUGAUACUGUAUAAAACGCUUAUCACAGGCUCGUCUCUGGCUGCGUGGAUGGGUGAUAACGUUCUUAGCGACACCUGUCUCGAACGUGCCACGAAUCUUCAAGAGGCCAUUAACGCCCAUUGCUGGGAUGACGCGGUAGGAGCGUAUCGGGACAGCGCGACGUCCACGACUGUUAUUCCCCAAGAUGCGAACAGCAUGGCGGUUGUGUUCAAUUUUACCAACGACAAUCAGACACAAUUUAUCUCGUCCCAUCUCACGCAAAACUGGAACUCAAUCGGCGCGGUGUCUCCUGAGCUCACAAACAAUGUUGUCUCGUUCAUCUCGUCCAUCGAAGUCAACGCUCACUUUGUGGCUGGACAAUCGCUGCGCGCUCUCGACUUGAUCCGAAGGAGCUGGGGCUGGUACCUCAACAAUCCUAACGGCACGCAAAGCACAGUCAUUGAGGGAUAUCUCCCCGAUGGUACGUUCGGAUACCGUUACAACCGUGGCUACAAGGACGCGAGCUAUACAUCUCACUCACACGGAUGGAGCAGUGGACCCACAAACGCUCUCACAGAGCAUGUGCUUGGUCUGAGCAUCAUGAGCCCCUUGGGCAAAACGUGGAGCCUGCAGCCACAAUUUGGCGACCUGAAGUUCGUGGAGGGAGGCUUCCAGACUGAUCUCGGUAAAUUUAGGGCAAGAUGGGCGCUCAAGCCCCGUGGUUACAUUGUCACGGUCAAUGCCCCGAUUGGUACUUCCGGAGUGGUUGUGCUGCCAGCGCUUUCACGACCGGGUAUCAUAUUGGUGAACGGAAUUAAGACCAAGUAUGAUACGGAGGCUGGAGGAUGGUCGUUUUCGCUCCGUGGGGGACAGCACACAAUCGUAGUUAACGCAAAGUAG